CAUCCAUCCUCUGGAGAGAAGGGUCCUCUUCUUAACACCCUGCCCCUGGUGACAGCUCAGCGCUGCCCUGCAUCUAACUGACUGCUGUCUCUGGUGCUCCAGCAACAACCAGCCUUCACUCAGGAGAUGGCAGCUUUUGAGAGAGAGUAUUUGAUUUGCUGCCUCUAAGAUGCCUCUCAGUUCUUUCUUCAGAGGGAGAUACAUGGUCCAAGAUACUCUCUCAGGACUAACAGAUUUGUGUCUGUGGGAGACUGAUGCUCUGCGUGGCCUUCUGGAAUAUCUCCUAACUUCCCACACAUGCAAACCAUCUCACUUUGGCACCAGGAGUUUGCUGCUGGAGAUUGCUGCUCCUUCCCUCCCUCCUGUUCCCUGAAGCCUGAACUCUUCUCUGUUCCCUCCAACACCAUGGCCUGUGGAAGAUCCCUGUGUGCAAGUUGCUGCUGGGAGAAACUGAGGUAGAAUUGAAAUGGGGGACUGAGGAGCAAGCAACGUCAUUCUCCAGUUAGCAUGAUCUGGGAGAGUGUGCACUAACUAUCCUUGCCUGGUGCCGUCAGCACUGCCCUUCUUGGAGACUUCACCCUACCACCCAUCCGAGGAAGUCCUGCAGCUUCUGAAGAUAACCAGUUCCUUGGUGUUGUCUCAGGAGCAAUGAACAAUCUGCUGUUUUCCACGGGGACACUACCAACCAAAUGAGCUGAGCUGUCUGUGAGGAGGAACUUGCAGCUUGGCCUUGCCCCUAAGGCAGGAGCUGGAUCCAAAUGCAUCCUCAGCCUGCUGUCUUAGAGCUGUUCCUGCUUAAGGUCAAUGAGAACAUCUCCUGCUAAUUCAUCAUGACUUAAUAUCUGGUCUCCUGCUUCAUCCCCAGGAUAAGUUUCUUGCUUCCUCUUGGUGUACACAGAUGUGACUCCAGGUGUUGAGCUGCCCUGUCCGAUACAGCGCCCUGGGAUGCCAUCAGGAGCUCGAAUGCCCCAUCAGGGGGCUCCCAUGGGUCCUCCAGGCCCCCCGUACGUCGGAAGCCCCUCGGUGCGACCUGGGAUGCCCCAGACUGUGAUGGAAACAACAAGAAAGCGCACUGCACCACAGCAGGUCCAGCAGCAGCAGGUGCAGCAGCAGGUGCAGCAGCAGCAGCAAGCUACUCAGAACCGAGCGAGGAGUGCCAAGAGGAGGAAGAUGGCUGACAAAAUUCUCCCUCAGAGGAUCCGGGAGCUGGUUCCUGAGUCGCAGGCCUACAUGGAUCUCUUGGCCUUUGAGCGCAAGCUGGACCAGACCAUCAUGCGGAAGCGCGUGGACAUUCAGGAGGCACUGAAGAGACCAAUGAAGCAAAAGCGGAAAUUGAGACUUUACAUCUCCAACACAUUUAAUCCUGCAAAAUCAGACGCUGAUGACUCUGACGGCAGCAUUGCUUCGUGGGAGCUGCGUGUGGAGGGGAAGCUUCUGGAUGAUCUCAGCAAACAGAAACGGAAAUUUUCAUCUUUUUUUAAGAGUUUGGUUAUUGAACUGGACAAAGAUCUUUAUGGACCUGACAAUCAUCUUGUGGAGUGGCACAGAACUCCCACAACCCAGGAGACAGAUGGCUUCCAGGUGAAGAGGCCUGGGGAUGUCAGUGUGCGGUGCACGUUACUCCUCAUGUUAGACUACCAGCCCCCCCAGUUCAAGCUGGACCCGCGGCUGGCCCGCCUGCUGGGCAUCCACACGCAGACACGCUCGGCCAUCAUCCAGGCUCUCUGGCAGUACAUCAAAACAAACAAGCUGCAGGACUCCCACGACAAGGAAUACAUUAACUGCGACAAGUACUUCCAGCAGAUCUUUGACUGUCCACGGUUAAAGUUUUCUGAGAUUCCCCAGAGACUCACUAACCUGCUGCUGCCGCCAGACCCAAUAGUGAUAAACCACAUCAUCAGUGUUGACCCCAACGAUCAGAAGAAGACGGCUUGUUAUGACAUAGAUGUAGAAGUUGAAGACCCAUUAAAGGGCCAGAUGAGUAGUUUUCUUCUCUCAACAGCUAACCAACAGGAGAUAACAGCAUUGGAUAACAAGAUUCAUGAGACAAUUGAAUCCAUAAAUCAGCUAAAAAUACAACGUGAUUUUAUGCUGAGUUUCUCCAAGGAUCCCAAAGGAUACAUCCAAGACCUUCUUCGGUCCCAAAGCAGGGAUCUUAAGGUGAUGACUGAUGUGGUUGGAAACCCGGAGGAAGAGCGCAGAGCUGAAUUUUAUCACGAGCCAUGGUCUCAAGAAGCUGUGAGCAGAUAUUUCUACUGCAAGAUCCAGCAGCGCCGACAGGAAUUGGAGCAAUCUUUGGGAGUGCGUAACACAUAAGUACUGCUCACAAGAUUCCAUUGGCAUCACGACCACCAAACCAGUGGACUUCUCAGUGUUACUUAGCUCACUGUUACACAUGGACCUGCUUCCUGACUGGAUGAGAACGUGCCGUCAGCACACCAGUCAGAACACCAGCUUUAGAGUGACCCUUGGAAAUCUUGCCCAGGACAGGUGUCUCAAACCAUUCCAAGCCAGAGACAGCGCCAUACAAGUGUCAGUGUGAAAGAAGACUAAAGGUUCACUCAUCAACGCACAUUGUUCAGUUUUAGUGGAAAGUUAGACACUACACAGCAAAUCCUUAUGGGCUAUGCUUAGAAUCAUGGGUGGCACCGAUGGUGGAGGUCGAGAUAGGUGUUCUAGGAGACUACAGAUUUAGAGAAAUAAAUGCAGCUCUUACCCUAUGGUACCCAAGAGUCUCAAACAGUAACUUAUCUGGAAUUAGACAAGAUAGUCUUUCUUAUAGCUGUGGGAUGCUUUAUAUUCCUGAAUAGAGUUUUUAUUUCAGCCGGACCAAUGCAAGAAGCUUUCUCACCAUCUGAAAGAACAAACUAGGAGCAUUUGCAUCCUGGACUGCAGAGCCCAUCUGGAAGAAAGACGUAUUGUCAGGCCAUCUCUUCUGCAGGUGCAAAUAAUUUCUCUUCCCCCUGUCCCGGCAGUGAAAGGUGGAUUCAAUCACAUAUCACUAGAUGGGUAUGAUCUGUACACUGUACUGAGAGAAAGAGAAUAUUUCCUGGGAUAAGAGCUUCUUAUGCAUCCUUAAUAUCAGUGGUAUUUGCAACAAAUGAGGCAUUCUGAGAAAACUAAAAUAAUGUAAUGGUGCUUUGCUGAUGCCUACCUUUAACACAGCAGAUAAUAACAACAAGUAUAUAUGUAAAAUACCAGAUUAUGUAAAUGUGUCUCUGUGGCCUGUAGGGUUUAUCACUGAAAAUAACUUCCUGAUUCUUGGUGUAGAAUCCAAGAAGCUUAACUUAAUGUCACAUGGUAGUUUUUUCUUCAAGAUGUUAACAGAGUCCCUAGAUUGGUCUCACAUUUUGGUCAUAGGUGAACUGCCUCUUAUUAUGAAUUAUUUGGCUCUCCCAUACAUGAUACGUGCUGGUUAUUUUGGAUGCUGUUGAGUUAUAAAGCGUAUCAGCCUUAAAUAGCACAGAGUACAUAUCCCUUGGAAAUCAUCUUCUUUGUAAAUGUUUGACAAUUUCAGAUAAUGGGAAUUUAUAGAACAAUUACUUGGAAGCAGGGACAUCUUCCUUAAAUCCUUCCCCUCCUCAUUUUUUGUAGUGCACAGACGAGCUAUAAUCAAGGCCCAAUAUAAUUUCUAGUCCAAAAAGCAGCUGCCAAAGUAUAACUGUCCAUUUGAUGUGGCACUCAAAAUCCUCUUCUAGGUUACUCCUUUUCACCUCCAUUCUUACACUUCAUUGGAAAGAGAAUCAAAUUCACAUGAGAUAUGGAAGGAAGGCAGCUCUUCUGAAUAAAUGCAUUUUUUCUCUAGUGUUGUGUUUUCUGCUGUCUUUGCCAAUUUCUCUCUUAAUUUAACUUAAAAGUUUCUUCUCUUCAGUCACAGAAGAGAUAGUCUUCUCUUUAUCCCUUUAUUUAAUAUCUUUGUUUUCACAUUAAUAGUGCCAUAGCUUUUAGUCUAUCCAUUGUGUUCAGAGAUGUCUUGGAAAAUUUACUUUUGAGUGAAUUUAUGUGAUGCAGUACUCUCCCACAAAACCUGUUGGUGUGAGAAAAAGUACCUCGUUGUCUGAGGCCUUUUACUGGGAAUGGCUUGAUUUGGCAUUUUUCCCUUUUGUGCUAAUGCCUCUUUUCACAGUAAAAUGUGAAAUCCUGCAGUCUUAAACUGGUUAUACUGAGGGACUGUGAGGCUGCCACAGUGAUGGUCUUGAAACGUUACUUAAUUUAGGACUCCACUAAUUGGACUACAAGCAAGCAUUACGAGGAGAAAACAGUGGGGAUCAUCUGCUGCUGUGCUUCCAUAUUUGUUAUGCUGCUGUGUCCGUUGUGUGCAUGCUGCUCAGUGUACAAAACUCCUGUCUGUGUGUGGCAAACAGAGCAGCUACAAUCAGGGGUAUGCUCAGUCUGCAUCUUAUUCUGAGGAAUAAGAAAUGCAAAGAAAAAUGCACAAGGAUAUAAGAAGGGCACGGGACUGAGAUAGAUGCCUGCAGAAUGUCUGCCAGGGAAUUCUGGGGUUUGAGAGCCUUCCUGCUGAAGGGGAAGGUAUUUGAGAGCAAUACCAGCCAUUUGCCACAGCUGACAACACACUGGAGUCCAGCCUGGGUUUAGAGCCUCUGUAGAAUUAAUUGAAUGGAUCUGGUUUCAAGUCUCUUUCAGAGUAAAUUAACAAAACUAAUGUGGUGUUGGUGCCAAUGUUCACAACUGCAUCACGCGAAGCUGAAGCUCUGUCAAGCAGCUGCAUUAUACUGAAAUGGGUGUGUGCGUGCAUCAGCCACUGAUGAUGGCACUGGAGAUUGCAGUCUAAAUUCUUACAUUUCACUGUCUAUAAAAAAAGACUGGUCACUACCGGUGAGUCUUAGGACUAGCGGUCACGUAUCUUUCCUUUGGUUAAACUGAGGUUUGAGAUUUGUGAUGCCUUUUUCCUUUGUUCAGGUGCUGUUCAGAUCUGUUACUGAAUCAGAGAGAGAAAAAUUUUGUCCUUUGUUCUAGGCGAAAUUAAGAGCUUGCUUGUUUGUGAAACAAAGAAAAGCUAUUUGAAGAUAAAUAGUGGUGCAAUACUGGAAGCAACUAGACUAAGUGUUGCUUGAGCAUUGAAAAUGAAAGGUAGUGGCACUGAAGAGGCAGGUAAUUAUGGCAGACUGUGAAUGAGGAAUUUAUUUUAAGUUCAGGAUGAUUGUCUUUUUGUGUGUAUAAAAGGUGACAGGAAGACGUAUUGCGGUCUUCAGUUGCCACCGUACAAUGUAAAACUAUGCAUACUGCAAAAAACCAUUCUGUGCAUAGAAGUAGUUCAUCUAUAGAUGAUAAUCUAGAUUGUUAGAAAAUAUAGCAUCAAACAAAGAAAGGGUUCAAUGGAAUUCUGGAGUACCAGUAGGAGGGAAAUGUAUCUUGGAGCCGAAGUGUUGACGUGGCAGGUUAGAAACAGUUUUUUUUAGUCUUCUGGGUUGUUGGCCAUGAGGCAGGAAUCAGAUCAAAUGUUUCUUCAAGAUGGAAGGGGAAGCAAAUGUUCAGUUGUGGAAUAAAGAGAAGAAUACAACAGUGGGAAAGGAAAUAAAAAACGGAGCAGAGUAGCACUGAAGCACCAGAAAGACACAGCACAGAUAAUGUGCUAAGUGCUCCUGGAAAUAGCACAGCCCGUGUGAGUCUGCGUUCUGUGUAAGUGGAUACUCAGAACUCGUGGGAGAGACAGUCAGUCGGUGUGCAGCCUGGGAACUGGGGGCAAGCACACAACCAAAAGUUUUGCAGAUAACAUUGAGACAAGCUGUCAAAGUGUUUUCCCUGUUACCAGCACGGAUUCAGUUGUUCCACAUAGCAGGGUUGGUAGCUGCAGUGCAGACAUCGCCUCGGCUGGCAGGGUUUUACACCACAUUGUUUAGAACCUACCCCAUGGAAGCCAGGUGAAAAUAUUAGUAUAUAAAUCAAUAUUGGUGUAUAUCCUAGGGCUGCUAAUUUUGCCAAAAUGCAAAUCAGGUAUUUGGGGGUUGUUGGUCUGGUUUCGUCUGGAGAACUCUUUUAAGGCAAUGCAAAGAGAUAAGGAGGGAAAGAAGGCUCUUUUUCCUAAAGAAGGCAGUCUCCUUUCUGUAACUGCUCUGUUAUUUAAUAGGAUGUAUCUGUUCUGCCAGAUCCUGUGUUAUAAACAUUUUUUCCAACUCACUGAAGAGAGGAACUCCAUUUUAAAAAUACAACAGUGAGUUUGUGAGAGUGAGCAAAUGUGUGUGUAAAGAAUAGGGGGAAGGGGGAGAGAGACUCCCUCUACUCUGUAGCCACCAUAUCCAUUGUAUGAUGCUGAGUGAUUCGUAGAAGAGCUUUUAAGAAUAAAUACUUUGUUUCUUUGUAUCUCA